AUAGAGCGCACGGCGACUCCAACCUCUCCGCGCUUCGGAGCGCAACGAGAAAUGUUGCCCUGAUCUUGUGAGGCUUCGUGGAUGUUCGUCGUGGAUCACAAGCAAGACUUUUCACAUCGGCAUCACCUUUUACACGCAGAAAACGUCGCCACGCGCCGAUGUAUCGAUGUAUUUCCCCGUGAAACUGACAAACGUCCUCCUGCUGGCGCUCCUCGCAGCACAAGGAUGUUUUUCAUCCAAAGCAGAGGACAGAUUAUUUCGGAGGUUGUUUCGGAGAUACAACCAGUUCAUCCGACCAGUGGUGAAUGUGUCUGAUCCAGUAACCGUGGAGUUUGAGGUCUCUAUAUCACAACUGGUCAAAGUGGAUGAAGUGAAUCAGAUUAUGGAAACUAAUCUGUGGCUGCGACACGUCUGGAAUGACUACAAACUGAAAUGGACUCCUGUUGAAUAUGAUGGGAUUGAGUUCAUACGAGUUCCAUCCAAUAAAAUUUGGAGGCCAGACAUUGUUUUGUACAACAACGCUGUUGGAGAUUUCCUAGUGGAGGACAAGACAAAAGCUUUGCUGAAGUUUGAUGGCACCAUCACUUGGGUUCCUCCUGCCAUUUUCAAAUCCUCUUGUCCUAUGGACAUCACCUACUUUCCAUUUGACUACCAGAACUGCUCCAUGAAGUUUGGCUCAUGGACUUAUGACAAGGCCAAAAUCGACCUGGUGCUCAUCGGUUCAAAGGUAAACCUAAAAGAUUUCUGGGAAAGUGGAGAGUGGGAGAUCAUUGAUGCCCCAGGAUACAAGCAUGAUAUCAAGUAUAAUUGUUGUGAGGAGAUCUACACGGACAUCACCUACUCCUUCUACAUCCGCCGCCUGCCUCUCUUCUACACCAUUAAUCUCAUCAUUCCAUGCCUCCUCAUCUCCUUUCUCACAGUGCUGGUCUUCUACCUUCCCUCUGACUGUGGGGAGAAGGUCACCCUCUGCAUCUCUGUCCUCCUCUCCCUCACUGUGUUCCUUCUAGUCAUCACAGAGACCAUUCCUUCAACGUCUCUCGUCAUCCCUCUGAUCGGCGAGUACCUUCUCUUCACAAUGAUCUUUGUCACACUCAGCAUUGUCAUUACUGUCUUCGUGCUGAACGUCCACUACCGAACCCCCAUGACCCACACAAUGCCAGAGUGGGUGAGGUCUGUGUUCCUUGGGGUCCUGCCACGAGUGAUGCUAAUGAGACGACCUGUUGACCAAGGUUGUUCCUCUGCCAGCAGUGUCAGUGGAGGAACAGGAGCAACAGGAGGUGGGAGCAGUGGAGUGAACAAGAAGAGGAAGAACAGCCUGGUAGUAGCAGGAGCCUGUGGAGAUAGCAGUGUAAGUGUUGGGGGCAUUACUGGGGGUGUAGCAUGCCCCCCACUGGAUAGUGGAGCCGUAGGAGGAAGAGCCUCCUCCGUUGGUGGCUCCAUGAACUGUGUAGAAUACGGUGAGACGAAUCACGAUGAGAAACGAAACAUGAACAGGAGGUUCCCCUAUAGAGGCAAGGAGGUGCCAACGCCCGUUCCUCCCCCAAUGGUGCCCACUCCUCCUCAGGCACCCAAAACCCAGGCCUCUCAGGAGUCUGAGCCACCCAAGCUGCCGAGGACACUUAAUGCUACGCCGCCAGUCAACACUGUUGUUGCCUUGUCCGUGGUGUCUCCGGAGAUCAAACAGGCCAUCGAGAGUGUAAAGUACAUUGCUGAGAACAUGAGGACGCGCAACAAAGCCAAAGAGGUGGAGGACGACUGGAAAUAUGUGGCUAUGGUCAUUGACAGGAUCUUCUUGUGGGUUUUUGUGACUGUAUGUGUACUGGGAACACUGGGACUCUUCCUUCAGCCACUGAUCAGCUUCUUAAAAUGAGACACUUUAUCUUCUCUUAUUGUCUGUAUCUCUGCCCCAGUUGACAUUGCUGGGAGAAUAACCCCUCCUGCAGCUCAUUCACAUGAAAAUCUGGACCCUCUUCUACCAUCUUUUCUGACUUUUCGUGGCUUCUCUUUCCCUCUCUGGCUGCAUUCUGGGACUCGACAAUCAGCCAUCUCUUAUAGCCUUUCUCGCUGUCAUUUUCCUCACAUGAUGCUCUGUCAGUCAGUGCAGUCUGUCCUCUCAUAUAAUCUCUCCUGUUCCAUUUUAGCCUAACAUGGAUAUCACACUGUCUUUUCCUCUUUUUACUUCUGUCUUUCCAGUUUUGUGCAAUCUUCUGUGUUUUGCGGAAAAUGUCUCAUUGUUACUUUGGUCUUAUAAAGGUCUAACAGUCUUUUUCAUAGACUUAUACCAUCUUAAGAGCGAAAUCACUGAGUAAGAACAAGCAAAUUUGAUUUGCAAACACACUUUGACAUCAUAAGCUGGUGCAACUUGCAAGAAUUGUAAUAAUCUGGGUAUAGAUGUGUAGUUUUUAAGGACAAAAACUGGUUUCUUCUAACCUUGUGUGUGGAAAAAAAGCUGUUGAUGUGGGGGAAAAAAAUAUUGUAAAUAACUGCAAAUUGCUUGUCGUAAAUAAUAUUCUACAUCACAAUGAACUUGGCGGCAACACCUACAGGGUUGUCUCUGAAUUUUUUUAGGAAUUGUUUGAAAAAAUCUAGAUAAACAGCAAGCAAAUUACACAUUUACCGUAAUGCCGCUGUGGGCAUCCACACACUGUUUGUGCCACUCAGUACUGAUGGCAGGCAAUAAACUUGAAGUCUCAACAAGACAAUAAACUUGCAUUAUGUAUAAACAACUGUUGCGUUAUUUUUGUAUAGUUGUGCUCAAAAUUACUGGUACCCCUAUUUUUUUUUU